AUGGACAAUUUGAUGUAUACACAGACCGGAUUGGUCGUCUUCUACGCGAAAUGUGGGGAGCUUGGAUGCGCAAGAUUGGUGUUUGAUAAAAUGCCUGAGAGAAGCGUGGUUGCUUGGAAUGCGAUGAUUUCUGGGUACGAGCAGAAUGGGUUUGCUGAUAGGGCGAUUGAGGUGUUUGUUGAGAUGAGGAGGGAGAGGGUUGAGCCUGAUUCGUCCUCCUCGCCGCCGGGCGCCGCCUCCUUCCUCUCAACAAAGUCCACUGCCACUCAUCGUCUCCGGCCUCCACGCUCCUCUCCCUCCUCACCAAACUCCUCACCGUCACCAUCCCCCGGCUCGCUCCUCUACGCCCACGUCAGACGCACCACCUCUUCUGUGUCGUUGACUAUACAGGGGCCAAGCUGGCCGCAGACCGACGCCUUCCUCUUUGACUCCAUCAUCAGAGCCUCCUCCAAAUCCCACUUCUCCAUCCACUCCCUCCUCUUCUACACCCAAAUGCGCUCUCAUCGUCUCCCGCCGUCAAAUUACACCUUCACUUCUGUAAUCAAAGCUUGCGCCGAUGUAUCGGCUUCGGGUGCCGGCAGAAUUGUUCAUGCCCAGGUAGUCACUGCUGGGUUUGGCUCCGACUGUUAUGUUCAGACCGGAUUGGUCGUCUUCUACGCGAAAUGUGGGGAGCUUGGAUGCGCAAGAUUGGUGUUUGAUAAAAUGCCUGAGAGAAGCGUGGUUGCUUGGAAUGCGAUGAUUUCUGGGUACGAGCAGAAUGGGUUUGCUGAUAGGGCGAUUGAGGUGUUUGUUGAGAUGAGGAGGGAGAGGGUUGAGCCUGAUUCGGUGACUUUGGUCGGGGUCUUGGCCGCUUGUUCGCAGACUGGCUCGUUGGGUUUGGGUAAGUGGGCAGAUGGGUAUAUUUUGGACAAGGGUUUUGAUGUUGAUGUGGUGCUUGGCACGUCGCUGGUGAAUAUGUAUGCUAGAUGUGGGCAUGUGGAGAGAGCUCGAGAGAUUUUUGAUGGGCUUCAAGAAAAGAAUGUUGAUAGCUGGUAUGGGAUGCAUGGGUAUGGAGAAUCAGCAGUCAAGCUGUUCCUUAGUAUGAGGCAUAGUGGGCCGUCGCCAAAUGAUGUAACAUUUGUGGCAGUGUUAUCGGCUUGUGCUCAUGCUGGAAUGGUGAACGAAGGUCGUGAGGUUUUUGAGUGCAUGAAGAGAGAUUACGGUUUGGUUCCUAGAACCGAACAUUUUGUUUGUAUGGUUGAUAUGUAUGGAAGAGCUGGAAUGUUAGAAGAAGCUAUGCAAUUUAUUCGCGAUUAUAUAUCAGGGGAGCCAGGACCCGUUGUAUGGACCGCGAUGGUUGGUGCUUGCAAAAUGCAUAAGGAUUUCGAUCUAGGAGUCGAAGUAGCAGAGAGACUUCUAGCAGUUGAGCCCGAAAACCCUGGUCAUUAUGUGCUAUUAUCAAAUAUUUACGCGUUAAAGGGUAAGAUGGAUAAAGUUGAGAAAAUUAGGAACGUGAUGAUCCAUAGACGUUUGAAGAAGCAAACUGGAUAUAGCUCGAUAGAGAUUGAUCAUGUAGUUCAUGUGUUUCGAAUGGGCGAUACUUUGCACCCAAAAUCUGCAGAAGUUUAUAAAUUGUUGGAGGAAUUGGUCCAUAAAAUCAAGGAGGCAGGAUAUGUGCCAGAAACUGACUCGGUUUUGCACGAAUUGGAAGAUGAAGAGAGGGAGGUUGCGCUUAGAUUUCAUAGUGAGAAGCUGGCUGUUGCAUUUGGGAUCAUGAAUACUAAGGAUGGGACUUUGAUUAGGAUUGUGAAGAAUCUAAGGAUGUGCAGUGAUUGUCAUUUGGCUAUCAAGUUCAUUUCUAUUGUUACAGAUAGAGAGAUCAUUGUUAGAGAUAAGCAUAGGUUCCAUCAUUUUAAGGAGGGAAAUUGUUCUUGCCAAGAUUAUUGGUAACGUCCCCUCCAGAGAAGUAGUUCAAACUAACAGCGUAUUGUCUAAGCUGAUUUCAGUUCUUGAAAAAAAAGUGUUGGAAAUUUUAAAAAAAAAUCAAAAU